AUGGAAUGUGGAAAAAUUUUCAGUCAAAGGGGAAUCCUAACUUCACAUCAAAGAACCCACAGAGGCAUGAAAUCCACACACUGUGGAAAAAGCUUCAAGCACACAGAGGAGAAACUGCAUGAAUGCAUGGAGUGUGGAAAGAGCUUCAAUGAGUGUGGAAAGAGCUUCAGUUUCAGACAAUGUCUAACUGUACAUGAAAGAACUCACACAGGAGAAAAACCAUAUAAAUGCAGCGAUUAUCGCAGAAGCCUUACUUCACAUCAAAGAACCCACACACUGGAGAAGCCGCACAAAUGUGUGGAAUGUGGAAAGAAUUUCAGUCUACGGGGAAAGUUCACUUCACAUCAAAGAACCCACACAGGAGAGAAACCAUAUAAAUGCACAGAGUGUGGAAAGAGCUUCAGUUUCAGACAAUGUCUAACUGUACGUGAAAGAACUCACACAGGAGAAAAAUCAUAUAAAUGCAGCGAGUGUGGCAAAUGUUUCACUGAUAGUAGCCAACUUACUUCCCAUCAAAGAACCCACACAGGGGAGAAGCCAUAUAAGUGUCUGGAGUGUGGAAAGAGUUUCAGUCGUAGUGACAAACUUACUUUACAUCAAAGAACCCACACAGGAGAAAAACCAUAUAAAUGCACCCAGUGUCGCAAUUAUCGCAGAAGCCUUACUUCACAUCAAAGAACCCACACACUGGAGAAGCCACACAAAUGUGUGGAAUGUGGAAAGAAUUUCAGUCGACGGGGAACGCUCAGUUCACAUCAAAGAACCCACACAGGAGAGAAAGCAUAUACAUGCAUAGAGUGUGGAAAGAGCUUCAGUGAAAGAAAAGUGCUAACCAUCCAUGAACGAAUCCACACAGGAGAAAAACCAUAUAAAUGCUAUGAGUGUGGAAAAGGUUUCACUCGAGGCCAAAACCUUACUUCACAUCAAAGAAUCCACACAGGGGAGAAACCAUAUAAGUGUCUGGAGUGUGGAAAGAGUUUCAUCAAGAUGGAGAAAAGAGUAAAGGAGAGACAAACUCACACAGGAGACAAACCUUAUAAAUGCCUGGAGUGUGGAAAGAGCUUCAGUCAGAGUGGCAACCUUACUUUGCAUCAAAGAACUCACACAGGGGAUAAACCUUAUAAAUGUGUGGAGUGUAGAAAGCGCUUCAGUCGGAGUAGCACCCUUACUUUGCAUCAAAGAAUUCACACAGGGGACAAACCUUAUAAAUGCUUGGAGUGUGGAAAGAGCUUCAGCUGGAGUAGCAACCUUACUUUGCAUCAAAGCACUCACACAGGGGACAGACCUUAUACAUGCUUGGAGUGUGGAAAGAGCUUCAGUCGAAGUAGCACCCUUACUUUGCAUCAAAGAACUCACACAGCGGACAAACCCUAUCAAUGCUUGGAGUGUGGAAAGAGCUUCAGUCAGAGUGGCAACCUUACUUCACAUCAAAGAACUCACACAGCGGACAAACCUUAUAAAUGCUUUGUGUGUGGAAAAAGCUUCAGAUGGAGUAGCGCCCUUACGGUGCAUCAAAGAAUUCACACAGGGGACAAACCUUAUAAAUGUAUGGAGUGUGGAAAGAGCUUCUGUGAGAGUGGCAAGCUUACUUCGCAUCACAAAACUCACACAGGGGACAAACCUUAUAAUUGCUUGGAGUGUGGGAAGAGCUUCAGUUGGAGUAGUGACCUUAAUUCGCAUCAAAGAACUCACACAGGGGACAAACCUUAUAAAUGCUUGGAGUGUGGGAAGAGCUUCAGUUGGAGUAGUGCCCUUAAUUCGCAUCAAAGAACUCACACAGGGGACAAACCUUAUAAAUGCUUGGAGUGUGGAAAGAGCUUCAGUCGGAGUAGCACCCUUACUUCGCAUCAAAGAAUUCACACAGGGGACAAACCUUAUCAAUGCUUGGAGUGUGGAAAGAGCUUCAGUUGGAGUAGCACCCUUACUUCACAUCGAAGAACUCACACAGAAGACAAACCUUAUCAAUGCUUGGAGUGUGGAAAGAGCUUCUGUCAGAGUGGCCAGCGUACUUCGCAUCAAAGAACUCACAUAGGGGACAAACCUUAUAAAUGCUUUGUGUGUGGAAAAAGCUUCAGAUGGAGUAACGCCCUUAUGGUGCAUCAAAGAAGUCACACAGGGGACAAACCUUAUAAAUGCUUGGAGUGUGGAAAGAGCUUCUGUCAGAGUAGCAACCUUACGGUGCAUCAAAGAAGUCACACAGGGGACAAACCUUAUCAAUGCUUAGAGUGUGGAAAGAGCUUCAGUCGGAGUAGCCACCUUACUUUGCAUUACAGAACACAUAUAGGGAAUAAACCUUAUACAUGCUUGUAGUGUUGAUAGACCUUUCCUCAGAAUGGCUACCUUCAGACACAUCAAAGGAUCUGUACAAGGGAAGAGAUUUAUCAAUGCUUUGAAUAGUUUGUUGUUGUUGUUAUGUGACUUCAAGUAGAUUACGAUUAGCUGUCACUUGGGAAUGUCAGUUGAUGAGGGGAAGUGUGAGGCGAAGGCCAGAGAAAGAGCAGAGGGGGAAAGGAGGCAGCCGAUUAAUAGGAAGCUAUUAAUCUCUGGUGUGAUGAAGUAAUAAUAAUAAUAAUAAUUUGUUGUUUGUUAUGUGCCUUCAAGUCGAUUACAACUUAUGGCGACCCCAUGAAUCAGUGACCUCCAAGAGCAUGUCAUGAACCACCCUGUUCAGAUCUUGUAAGGUGAGGUCUGUGGCUUCCUUUAUGGAAUCAAUCCAUCUUUUGUUUGGCCUUCCUCUUUUUCUACUCCCUUCUGUUUUUCCCAGCAUUACAGUCUUUUCUAGUGAAUCAUGUCUUCUCAUUACAGGCAUACCCGCUUUAACAUACGCAAUGGGACCGGAGUGUGUAUGUAAAGUGAAAAUAUACUUAAAGUGAAGCAAUUAUCAAUGCAUGUACUGCACUGCAAUCGCCACUAGAUGGCAGCGGCGUCAUGCCAUUAAGUGUCAGUUAUUGCAAAGCAUGCGUACGUUAAGUGGGGUAUGGUGGCGUAUGGAGCAUGUAUGCUAUAGCAAGGCAAUGUUAAGUGAAGCGACUUAAAAUGGGGUAUGCCUGUAUG